AUGAUAUGUCGCGCACUGGAGGGGGGAGUGAGUCGUCGUGAUACUGGUGACGGGGGGAUGUGGAGCCGGAGUGUAGAUCGGGAAGAAGUAGAAACAAAACGGGAGUGGCGAGAAGCGUGCGGGCGUUACUCUGGAGAUCAGGGCGUGACGUGCAAGAACGCAGGGGAGGAGACCAUCCUGGGCCGAAGCCACACUUGCUCUGUGUGUGAGCUGUGCGAGACGAGUGCAGCCGACGACGACGACGACGACAAUGCGACGAAUUGUGUCUGCACUCGGACUCUCGAAAGACAGGCAGCACGACAGGCGCCGGCGGCAGCUGAAGUGUCGCGGGUCGCGGUCGCGGUCGCUGCGAUGCGAGAGCACGCCUGCACUGGUGCAUAUCCCCGACUCGUCGUCGAGCAGCGGAAUCCGGACCCGAGCGAUGUAGAGGGAGCUGACUUGCUGGCUGUGCCUGCCAUCGUCAACCCGUCGGCAUCAUCUGACUCUGUUGCCCACUCGGUCCGAUCAGCCCCCGCCCCGUCCAGGUGGAUCGGACUGCUGCGCACCCUCAGCCGCAAAAAGCAUUCUGACCCGGCCCGCCACUGGUAUGUGCAGCGAUUUAUUCCUGAAUUUUGCUCAUUAUUUGCAGGUUGUGGCCGACGAUGGCUCGGACGACUCGCACUCGACACACUCGGAUCGUCCCCGGUCUCCCCGGCCCUUUUGCCCCCCCACGCCGCCGCCCUUGCAGCCAACGGCCGCCGCAUAUCGAGCCCUGCAAGCAGCAUCUACCGGGCUGGGCUUAGUCAUGUUCAGCGCCGGGCUCCUCCUUCCCGCGCGAAUCUCGCCCUUCAGGAGUUCACCAAACCACUCGUGCUCGCUGCGGGUGCUCCCAUCCCCCCUCCGCGCACCAGACCCAUCCGCGCCCCAGUCCAUCCCCGGUCCGUCUCCCAUGCCGACGUUCCAUCCCACAGCCUGCGCAUUCAACUACUCCGCGCCAGGAUUCUCCACAGACUAGAAGAAGGCGCUCUCACACCAGCAGAAGAGGCCGAUUGCCCUUUGCCGUCCGUCCCCCCCCCUCGGUCCCUCCGCAAAACGAGGGCAAGUCCCAAUGAGGAAUGGGUCGCCAUCUCGAGCUUGGCGCCAGAACAGUCGCUGGUCCCGAGGUCUCCGUCGCCCCCCCCAAUUUCACCAUCUCGCACACUCAUCCACUUUGUUCGCUUCAUCGACCCAUCGCUUUUUAUCACGAUCUCCUUGCUCCCGUUUCUCAAUAUAUCUCCAGCCUCUCGUCGUCCUUCAGCUUCACCCCCUAUCACUCCUCCUCCCCGAUCUACCGACCCUAUGGCCAAUUCGCCCCUCGGCGCUUCAUCGGCAGGUACGCACCCCCACUCACGGGCUCGUAUCAAGAUCUCAUUCUCUUCCAGAACCCCGAACCCUCUCCAAACAGAAGCCCGAUCGUUCGUGGAGUCCGCUUUGCAGACGACGACGACGCCAGACGGCGACGAUCUUCCCCUCGCAGUUCUCGCCAGCGUUCAAAAGAAGCGUGCCGAACGAGAAGCUAGGGCUCGCCACGCCCGAUAUGUCGAGGAAUCCGCGGACCCAAAGAACGCUCAUUCGCCGAAGAGUACGCUCGUUCUCGCGCUCUUCAAGGCAAUGCGCGCGCAGGCUUGGAACGCCCGGCCAGUUUUGUCCGAAAGCGGUCAUCGCCGGUCUGGUAGCAGUGGUACAUCCUCGAGCAGCCAGCGACGACGAAGCACUGUGGGCGAGAGUAUGAUCGAGCAGGUUGUCUCCCCCACUCGGAGCGUAUUUGCUGGUUCGACUUCGUCUUCUUCGGCUCCCAAUACCGCCUUGCCAUCCCCUGCCUCUCCAUUUGCUGUACUCCCUCGAUCUCUUCCUUCUUCUGCACGCGCAUCGCCCGCUCCACUCCCAUCACCCAAUUUGCCAUUCGCCGGUCGAUCCAUGACAGGCUCCCCGCUCCGAUCCUCCUUUGCUCUCGGAAUGAACCAAGACGAAUUUGGGGCCAUGCUCGCUGCUGCGCAGAACCAACCCUCGACUCGUGCACUGAUCGCACAAAAUCAAGCGCUCAUGGCUCAGAACCAAAUGCUCGCUAGCAUGAUGAUGGGCAAGUCGAUGAACAUGGACCUUGGACUCCCCAACCCGCCCUUUGCGCACUCGGGAGGAUCCAGCGCGUCUGGAUCGAGAGGCCGUAGUCCAGCGCGAUCCUCUGGCGGAGCCAGCCAAGGCAGCUCGCGAAGACCGGGACCGUCGCCUGUCCAAGCAGGCACUUCAAACCGGACAAGCGGUGUUCCUUCUGGUGCUGUUGCCACCGCCACCGCGACACAACGAGGGAGACAAGACGCGAGAGGGUCUUCCAAGAGCAAACAGGAGGCUUCGCGCAGUCGUCCUCGCCCAGACGAUACUCGUCCAGGACACUCCAAAUCGGCUUCCCAGUCGACGACUCGCACCCGACCUGGGCACGCUCAUUCCAAGUCUGAGCAUUCGAUCGCGUCCCAGAGGACGUCGAGGCUUGGAAUGGGUGGUAUGGCUCCGCCCAUGCCGAAUGUUCCGACCGGGGUGUAUAGUAUGCAUGGGAGGCCGAGGCCGAGUGGACAGGUCGUUACGUAG